AUGUAUAGUGCUAUGGACUGCAGCAACUCGACGUAUCAGACAAAUGGACGGCAGUGGUUUCAUUUCUCGAUCCGUGGUGGCAUCAAAGGCGCCAAUGUGAGCAUUACUAUGAUCGGUGUCGCCCACAGCGCAAUGUACACCUACGAAUGGGCACCUGUGAUAGCGGUCUUCCCUUCUCGGCCGACGUAUUCGCGUAUCUAUAGUUAUGCCAAGGUGACUUCUCUGAAGGAUAUGCCCCCGACUCCGGGGUACCCGCUAAUGCUUUAUCUUGAUCCAGCCAUGCGUCACCUGGUUCUGGCAUCCGAGGAAAACUUGGAUUCCCAGGGUUUAUUAACAGCCUACAGCGAUGGGGAGGAGGUUACACCGGACUUGAUUAUGGUCCCAACAGCUGAAGAUUUAGGUGCUCCGAGGGUGAGCUGUGUAGCUUGCUCUCCAUCUGAAAUGCCCAAUCGUGUACUCCCAGGUGAGAAGUGCGAAGAUGCUACCAACUCGGGUCCACUCCCGUCGAAUGCGUCAGUUCUCAACAUAGCAACGACCAAAAAGUCUAUCAAGAAGGGAUCGAAAAAGUUUAUUGCCAUGACCCUGGAGUUCGAGUUUGUUAUUGAGGCAGACAUCCCACUAAAGUCGCCGUACCCCCUGGGGCACCCUAACUGCCCUGCAAUUUACAUUGCGAGCAAUCACCCUUAUUCCUACACGACUUUACAACGGAACAUUUACGCAUGGCAGAGGCGGGUUGAGAUUCUCAACCGGAGCGUUAUCUCCACGUCGCAGGAAUGUCCCCCUCAACCGAGGUUAUCUGACAUCGACGCCUGCUCAGGUCCCCAGGCGGGUGAGGGAUUUCUAGCGUCGAAGACGGUGGCCUAUGCAAAGGCGGUAGAGAAGGAGUUUCCGGUGCUGAAUUACGCGCGGCCAUGCUCUAAUCGGAGCGGUGGCAACGCCUUUCAACCGCAUGAUAUCUAUUUCCACCGUGAGAUUUUAUGUCAGACGCUUGAGGGCCGACGGGUUGACCUGCUGACGAUUUCCGAAAUGACAGGCGCCAGGCUCGACGCCCCGCCAAUGGCGCUGCUCUCGGAGGAGCACGGCAUUCCGUUUUCCUCCGCACGGGGUACCACAACGCGCCCGAUUCACUUUUCUGGGAAGCGAUAUGUGGUGUUGUCCGCCCGCGUGCACGCAGGAGAGUGCCCGGCGAGUCAUAUGAUGCAUGGUUGCAUUGAAUUCCUCCUAAACUCCAAAGACCCCCGUGCGCGGGCCCUUCGACAGCACUUUGUCUUUUUCAUAGUGCCGAUGUUAAAUCCGGACGGUGUGCUGCGUGGCCACAGCCGGGCAGAUGCCGCGGGCGUUGAUCUUAAUCGCACGUACCGCAACCCUUCCUUCAAGCGGCAUCCCGCCACCUUCAGUCUAUGGGCCCUUCUUCGGUCCUUGAGUGAGGUUCCAGAUCAGCUGGCGCUGUUCGUAGAUAUGCACGCCCAUUCGAAUCAGAGGGGGAUCUUUUUUUACGGCAACGUCAUGGACCCGGCCUCACAGCUGCAGGCCUUUAUCUACUCACAGCUUGUCUCCCUCAACUCACCCUAUCUCGAGUUCAAGCAGUGUGACUUUACGGAGUCGAACAUGAAUGCGACGUCGCGCUCUGGGGCGUCGAAGAAUUCGUCAUGCCGCGUCGCGUUGUACACGGAGGCGGGUGUUUUGCAUAGCUACACGAUUGAGGCGUCGUAUGUGGAAGGCAAUGUGUUCACCCCGAUGCUACCUCUUAGCGGGAUCCCAGGAAGAGAGGAUGAGAUACUAGAGAAUCAAUCUGCAUGCAGGCCGCGGUACACAACCAGGUCGUUCAAUAUCACCGGUAAAGCUAUUUUGCUCGGGUUGCUCGAUCUCCACUCGUUUAAUCCAGCUAGUCGUCUGCCGCACACAAUGUUUCGUAACCUUGAAGGCCUUGGGAUGUGGUUGAAACGGCAAGUGAAGAUCGAACUGGCGGAGCGGCUUUUUCUAAUCGCGCACAAGGCGCACGGUCGUGUGGAGUUAGCAGAGCUUGAGUCGGGUCCGUAUACCGCCAUCCUUGAAUCAUUGGCAAAUGAGGACUUUCCGGAUAGCAUAACGUUAAAGGGCUGUCGUGCACUUCCGCCCACGACGGUGAUCGGAGUCAGGAGUAUACUGCCCAUUCCAGAGCUGAUUUUGCUGUUAGAACAGACCCCUCCGUCCGGGCCGCCGCGAUCUUUAGUGCAUGAUAGCAAUCGUGUAAGAUUGUAUUCCAUUAAGUCUGGGCCGCCUCCCAAGCGUGGGGAGAAUGCGACCUUUAUGAUGGAUUAA